CCUGCCGCCCUCCGCCCGCGCCCCAUGUCGGUUAUGAACCUCAGCCGCGAGCAGCAGAACGAGCUCCUCUUCGUGGGGUUCAACCAGGACAGCGGCUGCUUCGCCUGCGGUACCGACUCCGGCUUCAAGAUCUUCAACUGCGACCCGUUCAAGGAGACGUUCCACCGAGACUUCUCUAAUGGCGGCAUCGGCAUCGUGGAGAUGCUCUUCCGCUGCAACAUCCUGGCCAUCGUCGGCGGCGGGCGCAAUCCGAGAUACCCUCCUAACAAGGUUAUGAUCUGGGACGACCACCAGAGCCGCAACAUUGGAGAGCUGAGCUUCCGCAGUGAGGUGAAGGCGGUGAAGCUCCGUCGCGACCGUGUGGUGGUGGUGCUGCAGAACAAGAUCUACGUUUACAACUUCUCGGAUCUGAAGCUGGUGGACCACAUCGAGACGAUUGCCAACCCCAAGGGCCUGUGCGCGCUGUGCCCAAAUCCGUCCAACACAGUGCUGGCUUGCCCAGGCGUGACGCGCGGCACCGUGCGCAUUGAGCUGUAUGAUCUCAGAAAGACUACGCUCAUCACCGCCCACGAAGCAGAGCUGUCGCAGAUCUGCCUGAACCUUGAUGGCACGCGUCUAGCAACGGCGUCAGACAAGGGCACGCUCAUUCGUAUUUUCGACACACAGAGUGGUCAGAUCACGCAGGAGUUGCGCCGUGGAGCGGAUCGCGCGGAAAUCUACAGCAUUUGCUUCAGUCCUACCGCGCCUUUGCUCGCCUGCUCAAGUGACAAGGGCACGGUGCACGUCUUUUCGCUUACGGCCGAGGGUUCUGGCCACAGCUUCUCGUCCGACCCGACCACGAUGGGAAAUGUUCCGUCUCAAAGUGCCCCGUCGCACUUUUCGGCGGGAAGUGCUCCUCGUAGCGGCGAUGAUGACGGUACUGAAAACUCCAAGUCCAGCUUGUCGUUCAUGCGGGGAUUGCUCCCUAAGUACUUCAGCUCUGAGUGGAGCUUCGCUCAGUUCCGUGUACCGGAGACCCGGACGAUUUGCGCUUUCGGGACGGAGAAGAACACCAUCGUCGUUGUGGGCGCCGACGGAUCAUUCUACAAGGCUGUCUUCGAUGCCAACGGCGAAUGUCAGAACACUUCUUACUCCAAGUUCAUUCAGUCCGACGAGGAUGAAUAGACACGCCAACCCUGACAUCGCUCUGCUAUCCUCAGUUCAAGAUACCUGCCAUCUUUGU